GCGUUUCGGCCAUUUUGUGAACCCCGCGACAGGAAGUGAGUGUUAUAGGUGCUACGCAGGCGCAAAUUGACCUUUCGGUUGAAGAACCCGUCGGUCACAUGUGAGUGUCGAUAAAUAUCUUAGUUUUAUCGUGAAUCCUUUAUAAAUAGUUGUAAUUAUUGUUUUCAUCACUCCUGACCGUAUCUAAAACUCGGCACACAACACAAUGGCUGACAUCGAAGAUACACAUUUCGAGACCGGGGACUCCGGUGCCUCCGCCACCUUCCCCAUGCAAUGCUCGGCCCUGCGCAAGAACGGUUUCGUCAUGCUCAAGGGUCGCCCCUGCAAAAUCGUCGAGAUGUCCACUUCUAAAACCGGAAAGCACGGCCACGCUAAAGUUCACUUGGUUGGAAUCGAUAUUUUUAACGGCAAGAAAUACGAAGAUAUCUGCCCUUCCACCCACAACAUGGACGUGCCCCACGUGAAGCGUGAGGACUACCAGCUCACCGAUAUCUCUGACGACGGCUAUCUUACCCUCAUGGCUGACAACGGCGAUCUCCGCGAGGACCUCAAGAUCCCAGACGGUGACCUCGGCACCCAGUUGCGUUCUGACUUCGAUAGCGGCAAAGAGCUGUUGUGCACUGUGCUGAAGUCUUGCGGUGAGGAGUGUGUAAUCGCAGUCAAGGCAAACACAGCUCUCGACAAAUAAACCAACUCAGCAUUUAUAGGGAUAUACAUACAUAUAAUUUUUUUACAAUCAACAGCUCUUACAUAAAUGUAAAACAUAAUACUAUGUAUAAUUUAACAUAAAAUAUUAUGGUGUGACGCGGUGCUGGCUUGUCGCCGUCCACUCCACCCCCGGGGGCACCUCGUGUCGAUGGCAUUGGUCUGCGAGCUGUGCUCGCCGUACCAAUGAUGCGGUCCCACUGUUGCGAGGGUAACAUUCUAGAGAUGUGUGUCAAUUGUCCUCUAGUCGCUGCAGUGAAAACUUCGCCGCGUCCCAUGCGUGUCUCAGCGCUGUGGGCGUGUGUGUCGGCGCCGUGGUUUUCAUUACAGCGAGUUGUUGCCGAACAACAUUGCACGAACGCACGAGUCUUGCACAUGGAGACAAUAUGUAAUGAAAUAGUCGGUGCGUGGGACAGCAAACAUUAAUUUAUUUAUACUUAAGUGUAAUGUGCCCUCGAGUGGAGUGCGACGCUGGCAGGCGGCCGCGUGCGACCGGCCGGAACUUCACGUUUGUUUUUGUUUUGUUUGUUCUCUUUUCGCUUACAACGUCUACUAAACGUUAAAGUUACGUUGCGCUCCGCGUGCCGCCGAAGGUUUGUCGAUCGACAUCGGUGUAAUGAAAUUUCCCGUGGUGGAUAUUAAGUUUUAUUGGAAACCCGAAAAAGAGAUGGACGCAAACUUGAAGUUAUUACCAUAUUUUAAUGCUAAAUUAAUGAAUACAUAAAAAAUCGAGAAAAUGCGCAAAAAAAUAGAAAUAAAGAAAAUUCUUGAAUGUGGUGUGUGAUUGAUUAGUCCUCUACUGGCACAUCGUGCCGUGACGCCGCGUACGUGGCGCCCCCUUCAUGUGUAACACUUGCCAUCUGUUCAAAUACAUCCCACAGGCGCCUGUGGUGUGCAUUCCAUGGCGUGCAGUGUUCUGCUCCUCUCGUUUAACCGUGACGUGCUAAAUCAUUGAAGACUGAAUUGAGAAUGUCUCCUGAUUACGACUAUCUUCAGGCAAGACUGACGAUGCAUUUGUGUAGAAGAAAUAGUUGAUUUUUUAAUGUAAAUUUAUGCUCACUCGGCCUUUCCUUGCUCUCUUUGUUUGCUCAUUUGAACACAUGAGAUGUUACACAUUAUCGAGUGGCUUACGAUUGCCUAAAUUCCAUGUUUUAAAUGUAGUGUUUUGCGACGGCCACUCUCUAGCAAGUGUUGCCUUCAAGGGCUAGAUAGGGUACCAUUCAUUUGUAUGUUAGUGGACUUAUCAAUAUUCUUUUAACAUCAGAUUGUCAAAGACGAUAUGAUAUACGAAAAUUAAUGUAAGAAUGUAAGGUAAGGCCCUAUAGGAGAGAUAUUUUUUUAUGCAUUCAAAAUUCGUACAUCGCAGGUUGUACACUUAAAACUUUAGGCUGUUUCUAGACAACAGUUUUGUUCUCUGUACAUUUUUUUUUCGAAAUUGCAUAAUCGUUAUUGUUGGUAAAGUUUUUAUACUAAGCAGCUUGUAAUCAGGUUUUUAUUUUAUAAAAGACCUAAAGUAUAUAUGUAAAGACAUCGGGAGGUGUAAUAUAAAAUACUUUAGCUAAAAGGUAACUUUUCUUUCUGUAAAGAUAAGCUGUUGUAUCCCAAUGGAACCUUGAAUCGAUGUAUUCCUUCCUUGUUGGAUAUAUCUUGUAAUAUCCGAGGCUUAGAAUAGCGUUUGCGGAUUAAAUGUGAAUUUAUUCAUAGCCGUAUAGAAUUAAUUAAUUGGUGCACCUAUAAGUUAUUAUUAGGAAUUGAUUCUCUUGCACACAUGGUCUGUUGCUUACAUUAGAGCAGUAUUCUGUAGAUUCUGUGAAGCGAGCUAUACCACUGGACCCGGCCAUUAUGUUGUAAGCUUUCUGUACGAGUGACUCCGUGCCGCUCCUGUGUAUAGCUUGUGUGUCAAAUUUCAUUAUUGCGCUGUAAGAGACGACCUUGUGAAGAAGAGAUGGUUUUAAAUUGUAAUGAUCCAAUAAAUCUGCGGAUUUUAAUUUAGGAAACUUAAAAUUAUUUUUUAUAUCGGGGCGUAGGACAGGUUGAAUAACUAAUGUGACGGUAUUUAGUACUAAAGUUCUGUAUAUACGUAAGAUUGGAUAGAUCGAUGGAUAAUUAACCCUAGUUACAAAUAUCUCAUAACCCACUCUUGAUGCAGUUCUCCAUGUCAUGUUGUACGUUGAAGCAGUACCGAAUUUAAUAGCAACGGCCAAUAAAUAAUGUAAAGCAGUAAUAAGUACCUAUUUAACAGUCUGUCGAAUUAAAUCUGUAC